CGCGCAUACGCGUCAAUACACUCGGUGCGCAUUGUAUCUCGCGGACGCGCCGGACGUGGAUUUAUGCCGACGAGCGGUCAAAGACGAUAACAUUUUCGACAGUAUACCUAUAUACGUGUACUCUGACAACCGAACUUCGUUUUCGUCGAUUUUAUAAGUUUUUCGAAUUUUUUUUUGAUUUUUGUUUUCGGUGUGAUUACAGUUGUCCAAGUUCUUUUUUCGCAAUAAUAUUUUAUAUUUGUUUACUAUUCGUUAUAUUCAAGUGCGGUGGUGAAGUGCGGCAUAUAUAUACGAGUGUGUCUUAACCCAGCAGUGCGACCGUCUUCUGCAGACUUGUAUACUUGGCGAAAAUAUAUUAUAUUGGCGUGUAUAUAUACCUACCGCGAUUGUUUACAAAAGCCUACCCGAUUACUUUUGAUUGCUGUAACAGUGAACAAAUUCGAACACUUUUUUUUUAAAAUUAUUAUCGGUAAACAAAUAUGACCUUGUGAAAAAUAGCUAUUGUUUUUUAUAAUUUUUCUCGGGGUGAAUGACCGUCGACGAGGACUCGCCCUUUAAUGAUCAACAGGGUAAAAAUCGAAUUCCGUCACAGUUUCUGUCAAUCCACAGCAUCAGUGGACCAACAGCAUCAGCGCCAAGUACGGUGCAACAUUAGAGACAACUACACAUUACGUCGCCGACGACUAAAACUGCCAUAGCCGAUAACAGUCGUGGUAUUAUGCGAUUUUCGUACGCGUCGGUGUUUCAUCGGUCGAGAUGAAAUCGUCCGACGACGACAAGCACAGCGUCGGUCCUCGCGAACCACAAAUUCCAACUGAUUCUUGGAAGAGUGCUGGAUGAUAGUACCUGUCGGGGCGGCGAAUUAAUAGAACCACCCCAACUGGAUCCCGAGUGGCUGAGGGCGGAGACCAGCGGCGACCCCGUUAUGCGGCUGUCCAACGGCAGCGAAGGGGCUACCGACUCCAUGGUUGAAAUGUUGCAGUUCAACGAACACUUCCUGGACGAGGACGGUACCAAAUUCAUGUUGAAUCCCGCCGAGCUGGAAGACCUGCUCGGACGCGAUCAGUACGCUGCCGACGGUUCACCGAUCGCUGUGUCAGCGCAACAACAGCAGCAACAACACCUCCACGGCGGUCAUCACCACCACGGUCAUCACCAUCAACAACCGAACGUCGUUGAUCAGCCCAACACCAAGCCAACCGCUAAUUUCGCCGACCUCAAGCCGCUGAUGCCGUUCCACACGAUCACGGAGCGCGUGAACAUCAACGGCAUACCCGGCCACCAUUACCAAUCGAUCGCGUCCAACAACCGGGUGGCUGAGAACAACAACAACACGGCCACGGCCAACAACAACAUGUACUACCAAAACGAAUACCUGGUAACGUCGUCCACAAACGCGGGACUGACCAAGUUCAAGGAGGAGGACACGUUCGUGGACAACCAGUUCGACGAGUUCGAAAUGCUGAUGGGCAGCCCGUCGUUCGGACCGGACACGACGGUGACGGCAAGCGGCGACCACCCAGCAGUGGACGGUCCCGACGAGUGGCUGAGUGUAGGCGACGACUGGGCGUCAUACGAACAUCCGCACGGUUCGCCGCAAGACAGCAAGGCUGGCAUACUUGCCGACGUCACCAUACACGACCUGGUGGCCAGUUCCCAGUUUCCGGGGAUGACCAACGGGGGAGGCGGUGGAGGCGGUGGGACAGGUAGUUACCACCAGCAGCCGCCGUCCUCCAUGCAGAAACCGCUGUACCAACAGCAGCAGCAGCAGCAGCAGCCCCGCGAGCUGGUAACAUCCAACGUACCGCCGCCCGCGCCCCGCCCGGCUGCCGCGGCGUUCAUGCCACUGCUCCAGAGCCGGCUGCAGAACGGACCAGCCAACAAAGCGCCGCUCCAAGACGCCGGUAGCUAUCACAUGGACUGCGCAUCGUCGCCGUCGUCGUCCACCCCGUCCUACCUAGCCCACAGCCCGACCAGUCACGUGGUCAGUACUACAGACCUGGGUGGCUACAUGCCGUCCGCCGCAGCUGCUGCGGCGGCUGCGGCUGCUGCCGCUGCGGCCGCGUCCGUCCACAGUUCGCGGCCGUCGCCCGAGUUCGCGCACACUACCACGCCCGGUCAGGGACCUCAUAUGACCACGAAAAAGUCGAGGAACAGGAGCGGAAAGGCGAAGGGUAGCGGAUGUGGCGGCGGCGGCGGUGGCGGCGGUGGCGGAGGGGUGACUGCCCGGAGCACCGUUGUCUACUGUUCGGACGGCAACGUGGCCAGGGAACGGACCGUCCACAACUGUCAUAUAUGCAACCGAGGGUUCCUGAACAAAAGCAACAUCAAGGUUCACCUGCGCACGCACACGGGCGAGAAACCUUUCCGGUGCGAGGUGUGUCAGAAAGCGUUCCGGCAAAAGGCCCAUCUCAUCAAGCACGCGCAGAUCCACAAACGCAGCGGCCGGGACUGAGCUCGGUCGUCGUACGUCCGCCGAGGCCACCCCGGGACGUUGGGUUGUAGCAGGUACCAACAUUAACUUUAAUACGUUACGGCGACGACGCGAUUGCUAUAAUAUAAAGUAUACAAUAAUAGUAACUUGUCCGUAUCACAUUAAAAUUACACUUAAAUGUCGCUUAUGAUUUUUUAACCCGUUCGGCGUCCAUCCGCGACCGUGCCACUCAAAGCGUCGUCACGUUUAAUUAAUGAAUUUUUGACCAAAGACUCUGAGCGAUUCGAAUAUUAUUAUUUUUUUAUUUCGGAUUUAUUAUUAUCGUUAUUUUUAUAAUUUUAAUCGCGUCCGCAGCAAGUUCGUUGUUUUUCCGACAUCAGCGUGCGCGAAAAGUCGUUUUAUUUGUAGUACCCAUAUUUUAAGAAAUGUGUAUAGGUGUGGGUGCGUUCUCAAUUAUGUUGUAAUGGAUGAAAAUCUGCUUUGACCUGAUAGUAUUAUUGUGUAUGACGAACAACGCGGGCAACGAUUUUAAUUUUAAAAAAAGUACAAAAUGUAAUUUGUUCGUGAAUUAUUGUAUAUUAAUUCGUUUUUAUAAUUAUUUUUAUUCGUAUCAUCAUUAUUAUUACUUGUACUUGAUAUUAUUAUUUUUAAUUAUUAUUAAUACGAAUUAUGAUUUUUAUUACUAUUUGUAUUGUUAUAACUUGUAAGUAGUUUGCGAGCGUGCAUCCAGUUAUUGCACGUUAACGCGAUUAAUUUAUAUUUAUUAUUGUUUUGUUUGUUUGUUAUUUAUUCGGUGUUCUCCGGCGCUAUCACAAAGCACUACAAUUGUUUUGGAAAAACUUUAAAUUAACCUCAAACAUGGUUUUUUCGUUCUUUACUAAUUUAUUUUUCGUGUCGACCGCGGAGAACACCUAUAUAUAUUUAUAUAUUAUGUAAUGUAAUAAAGGUAAUUAUGUUAAUUUUAGGGUCGAGUAGUCUCUUAUAUAUAUUCACUUGCAAUUUGUUGUUUUACGAAUCACUUUUCUACUUGUGCUGUUGUACAUAUGUAAGUUAUCAUAUUAUUAUUUAUCGUCGAGGGCGUAUAGUUAAAAAUCGAAAUGGUUGCGAUUUUUGUGUAUGUGUUUUGUAUGUGUACUAUUUAUGUAUGAUAUAUAUACGUUCCGAUUUUUAAACGACCCCAUUUUGUUUUGUACUUAUUUAUUUGUAUUUAAUUUAUUUAGUUUAUUUUUGUAUUCGUCAAAUUUUUUGUAACACCCGUAUAUACCUAUAUAUAUAGUGUUUAUCAUAUCUCAAUAGUCGUUAAUUAAUAAUUGCUGUAAUGGUUUUAAGGUUAAAAUUGCAUAUUUAUCGUUUUAUCUUUUUAUUGUUAGACCUACCGGUAUACAUGAUUUGUUUUUAUACAAUAAAUAAACACUAAGGACUAAUCGUCAACAGUAUCAUAUAAUAACAAGA